CCAGCGGUCCCGGGCGGCGGCACAAGGCGGAAGCCAUGGCGGAGGCGGCGGCUGCGGCGGGCGGGACGGGCGCGAGCCCCGGCUCUACAGCGGCUCGGGACCCGGACCUGGACCGCGCCGGGCGCAGGCUGCGGGUUCUCUCGGCCCAUCUGCUGGGCCGGCCCCAGGAGGCUCUGAGUACCAAUGAGUGCAAAGCGCGGAGAGCCGCGUCGGCGGCCACGGCGGCGCCCACUGCCACUCCCGCCACGCAGGAGUCGGGCACCAUCCCCAAGAAGCGGCAAGAAGUUAUGAAAUGGAAUGGAUGGGGAUAUAAUGAUUCCAAGUUCUUCUUCAAUAAGAAGGGUGAAGCUGAGUUGACUGGGAAAAGGUACCCUCUUAGUGGCUUGACUUUACCAGCUCUUAAAGAAUGGAUCCAAAAUACCCUUGGAGUAAAUCUGGAACAUAAAACUACCUCUAAAGCAUCCUUAAAUCCUAGUGAUACACCUCCUUCAAUUGUAAAUGAAGAUUUUCUUCGUGAACUUAAAGAAACUAAUAUUUCAUAUUCACAAGAAGCAGAUGAUCGAGUAUUUAGAGCUCAUGGUCAUUGUCUUCAUGAGAUAUUUUUGCUCAGGGAAGGAAUGUUUCAGCGAAUUCCUGAUAUAGUUUUAUGGCCAACAUGUCAUGAUGAUGUAGUUAAGAUUGUGAAUCUAGCGUGCAAAUAUAACCUUUGUAUCAUACCAAUUGGUGGAGGAACAAGUGUUUCAUAUGGCCUGAUGUGUCCUGCCGAUGAGACAAGAACGAUAAUUUCUUUGGACACUUCACAAAUGAAUCGAAUUCUGUGGGUUGAUGAGAACAAUCUGACAGCUCAUGUAGAGGCUGGCAUAACAGGACAAGAUUUGGAAAGACAGCUUAAAGAAAGUGGUUAUUGUACAGGUCAUGAACCAGAUUCCCUGGAAUUCAGCACUGUGGGAGGAUGGAUAUCUACUCGGGCAUCAGGCAUGAAGAAGAAUAUCUAUGGCAAUAUUGAGGACCUGGUGGUUCAUAUGAAAAUGGUAACACCUAGAGGUGUAAUAGAAAAAAGCUGUCAAGGACCUCGUAUGUCAACAGGCCCUGAUAUCCAUCACUUCAUCAUGGGAUCUGAAGGAACUCUUGGUGUAAUAACAGAAGCUACAAUAAAAAUCAGACCAACCCCUGAAUACCAAAAGUAUGGCUCGGUAGCUUUCCCUAAUUUUGAACAAGGAGUAGCCUGUUUAAGAGAAAUUGCAAAACAGAGAUGUGCUCCUGCAUCUAUUCGCCUCAUGGACAACCAGCAGUUUCAGUUUGGUCAUGCUCUUAAACCUCAGGUUUCCUCUAUUUUUACAUCAUUUUUGGAUGGAUUAAAAAAGUUUUAUAUUACAAAGUUUAAAGGAUUUGAUCCAAAUCAGCUAAGUGUAGCCACAUUACUAUUUGAGGGGGACCGUGAGAAGGUUCUUCAACAUGAAAAACAAGUAUAUGACAUUGCUGCAAAAUUUGGUGGAUUGGCAGCUGGCGAAGAUAAUGGACAGAGAGGAUAUUUGCUGACGUAUGUCAUUGCAUACAUUCGAGACUUGGGUUUGGAAUACUACGUAUUAGGAGAAUCUUUUGAGACUUCUGCUCCUUGGGACAGGGUUGUAGAUCUCUGUAGAAAUGUAAAAGAAAGAAUAAGAAGGGAGUGCAAGGAGAAGGGUGUGCAGUUUGCUCCUCUUUCUACAUGCAGGGUGACACAGACUUACGAUGCAGGUGCAUGUAUCUACUUCUAUUUUGCCUUUAACUACAGGGGAAUUAGUGACCCAAUGACGGUGUUUGAACAAACUGAGGCAGCUGCUAGAGAAGAGAUCCUUGCAAAUGGAGGGAGCCUGUCACAUCACCAUGGAGUGGGCAAGUUGCGGAAGCAGUGGCUAAAGGAAAGUAUCUCCGAUGUCGGCUUUGGAAUGCUGAAGUCUGUCAAGGAAUAUGUGGACCCCACUAACAUCUUUGGAAAUAGAAACCUUUUAUAAAUCCAUUAGUAUCAUUAUGGAAAAUGUCACUUUUUUUUAAAAAAAGUCUUCAACAUAUGGUUAUACCAGUAAUCAAAUAUAUUAUGGACAUUUUGGCUACAUUCGUUUGUUGGUUUAACAUAAGUUUGCUUUCAUUCUGUAGUUUUGUUUUGUUUCCACAUCUAUGGAUUGACAGAUGGUGUUCUUAAAUCUCUCUCAGUGUAGGUAUAUCAGUUUACAGCCAAUUGGUUAUCAUUUCAAAUUUUAGUCAAGCACCACAAGGCUACCAGAUAUUUCAAAGGAAGAUACUGCCUGCUGUUUUAUAUUAACGCUUCCUCUUGAGGAACAAAGGCAGCUUUUGGUAUCAUUUAUUGUUCUUUGACCUUUUUUAAAAAAAGAACAUUUCUGGGAAGCAAAUAUUUAGGAAAAGAGUCCACUGAGGAGUGAUACAGUUUGUAUGUUUGCUACAGUUUGUAUGUUUGCUAAGAGCUUAUUCUACUGUGAUAGGCCAUUAAGGGAGGAAAGAAUAUAGGCAACCUGUAACUAGGAGGCCUUCAAUUCCAUAAGGUGCUUGGCCUACAGUUUUCUUUGAAAUUAGUAUACAGUUGUAAUCAUCAGUAUAUGAAUUAAUUUGUGAGGGGACACAUUUUUUGUUCUUGAUGUUUUUCUUUCUGCUGAGGUAUGAGUUUGUAUUUGUAUCACUAAGAUUAUUCAUAGUAUGUUUUGUAAGAAAAGCUGACUUAUCCCUCACUUAUUCCUGUGAAGGACAGGUUUACUAUGAAAUAUGAAUGCCUUUAUCCAGCCUAGAGUCCCAGUGUUUCUCCUGUCCCAUGCUUGUUGCUGAGCUACAGAAGCUGCAACAGGAACCGAAGGAAGACUCUGACCCUGAUGUCUCCAGCUCAAGGAAUUCUUUGGCUAAAGAAACAGUUGUGAUUUAGCUAUUCGAUUUGAAAGCCUCAACAAGUUCAGUGACAAAAAUCUUUAAUUUUUUUUUAAUUAACCCAAAUAGCAUGGUAAAUUUUCAUGUGAAAAUAAGUUUCAAAUCAGUUCUUAAUAAUGGUUUAAUGCCUUUUUUGAAUUACUGGUUUAACCUAAAUUAAAAAAAAUGUAUUAAUGCAUAUACCAUAAUCAAAAGUUUGAAAUAUCCUAUUUCUUAAGUAAUAAAGAGAGCAUUAAUCACAUUUAGCAAACAUUUUUACAUUUAAACCUGGCUUUUAAAAUGAGUGAAAUGAUUACUUUAAAUCACUGUCUGUCAAGGUUCAUGUUUCACAUUUUAAGAUGGAUUCUUUUCUUACUGCAAUACCUAACUUUUGAUAAUUUUUUAAAACUAAUGUUUAAUCAGAUAAUAUAAGUCAAAAUGCACACAAUCCUUUAAAAGGACACACUCUGUAGCAACAACUCCAAAACUAUUUUUGGGCAGUUUAAUAUCUUUUUUAUCUGAAGUAGCCUUAACCAGAAAAGUGAAAAUUUAAAAUUGACAAAUGUAUUUUUAAGACUUCAAAAUAAUUUUUAACUAUUAAAUUGGCCUCAAACUAAUGAACUUAAAACUAUAAACAAAUCAAAAUUAAGUACUAGUGUAACUACAAAAACUAAAACUGUAUUUUUAGAAGCUGCCUCUCUUCAUUGGUGAUUUAUUUUUAAUUAUAAAAUUUCCAGCAGAUGGAUGCUUAAAACCCUUUAUGAUUUGAAAUAGUUGGACACUUGAUGAGGAAAUUGCCUCUAGAAUGAUAACAUUCUCAACUUUAUAAAAUGCAUCUAUUCAUGAAGAUGAUUUCUCUAAUUGGUAAUCAAAAUGUAAAAUUUAGCAAGGUACUAAUAUCUCACCGAAAGUGUAUACGUGUUUCUGAGCAAUUUUUAAAAAUAAAACAGAUUGAUAAGCAGAUCCAUUCCUUUGCAUGUGAUUGUUAUAAUAUUCUUUCCCAGGGAGUUCAGGUUUCAACAGCCUCACAAAUCUGUAUUAGAUAUUAGGAAUCUAUAAAGGUAACACCUGGAAUUGUUGUGUUCACUAUUCUACAUGAACCUUAUGGAAAUUAGUGAUUUAUGUCUUUGUUUUUCUUUUUCCUUGCAUGCAGGAUUUCCCAAACUUAAUUUUAUAAUGGUGACUAUAUUUUGUAGUUGGAAUCAUUUCUACAGGAAUCAUUUUGAAACACAAGAAUGUUCAUCUGUACCUUUUCACUCUGAUUCAGUAUAUCAGAAAGCCUUUCCCCAACUUUGACACACCCACAUCUGGGAGGUGCCUGAGUACAGACUUAGUAUCUGCGGAGGACUGAGUUCAUGAAUAUGCACAAAAGCACUUAAACCACAUCUUUUGUUCUUGAAGUAUCUGAAAAUGGCUUCAUAAAUAGUUAAAACCUGGAGAACAUUGUCUAUGUGAGGCUUCUUAAUUCAUUCUGAACAAGUUUAUUUAAAAUUCUGAAAACCCAUACCCUAUAUGAUUUUCUAACUGGGUAACACUGACUUUCUUAAGCUAGUCAUGUUUGUAAUAUUUUGCUUACAUCUUGAUGAUAUCUCACUUGGUUAGGUUUUCAAUGGUAAUGGGAACUUGCUGCUAGGGAGAAAUGAAACUGAAAAGACCUAAUAUGAACAGGCAUUAUUGACCCUUAGAGAAACUGUUGCCUUAAUGUUUGGUGCCAUUUAUAGUAGUGUAAAAGUGGAAUUAGUCUUAUGCUAAGUAAUUUGAGCUUUUUUAGUUUGGUAAGAAUUGUGGAAGUCACGUGUCAAUUGUGCCCAGUAUUUACCACAGAAAAGAGGAUUACAUUCUUCUGCUUUUGAGUAAUUGGGAGUUUUCUUCCUAAAAGUGCUUGCAUAUUAUAGGACUAUUACUCUAAAGUUAUUUGUGAAGCUGGAAGCCAUCUAGUUGGCAUAACUGUGUUGAUUUGGAAAACAAAAGCGCAAUAAAGGAUGAGCUGCCAUCAGUGUGCAUAAUAUACCAGAUGCAGAUGGUUGCAAGGAAACCUUUUUUUUUUUUUUUUUAAAGAAUAUUGUUUUAGUAACUAAGUCCUAGCUUGCAUUUUUUAAAAUGCCUUUCUGCAUGUUGGCCCCAGAGAUUUUCUCUUGUCAUAUUUUUUCAGAGCUACUUCUUAACUGCAGUCAAAUCAGAGAAGCUCUGAAGUCCUAAGCCACAGUGUGUUCCCUCAAGUCUUCAAAUGGGCUGGGUUUGGUUGAGCUUCUAUUCCAUAUCAAUAUUAGAACACAGUUAUUUAGUAUGGAUUGAUUCACAAAGUGCAUGUGAUGGUGCUUGAGGCAGCCAAAUGGAAUGCUGUGGAAAGCAUAUCUACAUUUUAAGAAACUGAGAUAAGAGUAAAGGACAUUUUUAGUAUUUUUUGUUUGCCACUUAGCAACUUUGAUUUUAAUUAGGGCUUAGCUCUCAUGGUAGGAAAAAAGCAGAAAGUAUUACAAGUACCAGUUUAGGACUGAAGAAUUCACUGUUACACCUUUGGCUUUGAGUUGUGGAAACUUGGCUUUGCCCAAGGCUUCAUGUUCCCAGAUGAGCCAUAUGUCAGCAUAUUCAUUUAAUUCUUACUAAUUUCACUUUACUGAAAAGGAAAGGAAAGGAAAAAAAAAAAAACUGAACUUACACAUUGAUGCUGAAAUCCAGAAAGUGUAAAAGGUUUACUGAAACUGUUGAAAUAUAGUGUCUGAUAUGAAGGAUGUAAGUUACUCAGCCUUCUGUUCCCUAAGCCAAAUAGUGUUUGUCUUCAGUGUGAAAUUUAACUGUAAAAACUGCUUGUAUAAUGUCAAGAGAUUAUAGAAACAUUAUUAAUAAACUGGACUUGGGUCUAAGAUUUUUUUUUUUC